AUGGGAAGUAACGCAGUGAAUUUCUGUAGGCUAGUGUGUUUGUCGUGAUGGAGUUUAUUGAUACUUCGGGGCCAUUCCGGGUGGCCGAAGGAAGGAACGAAAGUUGCGGCUUGAGGAACGCUGCAACUUAACUUUCUCUGUGGUGCGUGCACAUUCGAUGGCGUCUUCUGCUGUCUUCUGCCUCAGUCUACAAAUCGGUGUGGGGUCAAACACUUCUCUGCCGACAGUCGCAUCGUCUGGCCAGGAACAACUUCUCCAGAAUACAGCAAGAGACAACACUCGUGGGCCAUCUGGACGUUCGGCCAACCUCCAGAAUCCGUCUCUUAUUAAUAACAUUCUUGGCGGCGCAGAAGGGCAGGUAGUGAGGGCUUCAGUUCUCUCGGAGAAUGGGGAUAUCAGUGGCGCCACUUCAAGAGCAGUUUCGAUGGAACGUCCGGGACUUCCGGCUGUGAACGCUUCCGUGAGGGGUGUGUUCGUCAAGAACGAGCCAUUGGACAGCGGAGCCGAGAGCGGUGGGGCCUCCAGCUUAACAGGCAGCAAUGAUGGGGAGCCAAUCAAGUUACCAGAGAACUUGGAGAGUCUUCCCAAGGCGGACCACUUCCCCACACAGCGGCAUCGUUGGAACACCAAUGAAGAGAUAGCCGCCAUUCUUAUCAGCUUCGAGAGGCACAACGAAUGGCAGUCGAAGGAGGUCAAGAUCAGGCCGAAGAGCGGCUCCAUGUUGCUGUACAGCCGCAAGAAGGUGCGAUACCGUCGCGACGGCUACUGCUGGAAGAAACGCAAAGACGGAAAGACGACGCGUGAGGACCACAUGAAGCUCAAGGUGCAGGGCACCGAGUGUAUAUACGGGUGUUACGUCCAUUCAGCCAUAUUGCCGACAUUUCAUCGUAGAUGCUAUUGGCUACUCCAGAACCCAGAUAUAGUGUUGGUCCACUACCUCAAUGUGCCAUAUCCAGAUGACAACAAACUGGCAGUAAUCACACCGAGCCUGGCUUUAUGGGGUGACAAAAAGGAGUGGACCAAGGAAGAACUGGUGUCGCAGCUCAGGCCCAUGUGUGAGUCGCCAUCAGCCCCCUGUACAUCCUCUACAUCUUCUACUUCUUCUUCUUCCUACUCCAGUGGUGCUGGUGUUAUGCAGGGUGAAGUGAAAACAGAUCUGUGUUGCUUGCUGCAUCAUCCCCUCUCUUUACCGCAUGGCUUCUCAUUAGUUUUCAGUGAAGAUGAGCCGGACCUCAAUAAUGAGCUGGAAAUAUCGACGGCAGAGACGGUGGAAGCCAUUGUUACUCAGCUGAUGGAGAAGCAGCGUCUGGCCCGAGCAGCAGCGCUCACCAAACAGCUGGAGUGUGGUUGCCCUGACUCAACAUGUGCUGAUGGGAAAACCUGUUCCCACCCGAUGCGGCGGAUAACGGCAGCGAAGACUAGUACCACUGACCUCACAUCCAGUUCCAACGCUCGACAGGCUGUUGUUAGUAUGUCUGCUAUCAACACUGAGAACAACAACCAGGUUUCUUCCACAACUGGCUCAGGAAGCGUGAUCCUUACAUCAACUUCCAACAAUGCAAGCAGUGCAGCACGUCUCCAUUCCCGAGACGGGAUCUCUUUACACUCCCAUCAUUCCCACCAGCAGCAGCAGCAGCAACAACAGCAUUCCCAUCAUCACAGUAACAAUCGUAGUUCAUCUAGUGGUAGCGCUGGCAACCCAACCACCACAUCAACCCCCCCUCUUGUUCUCAGUUUGUCCCAAAUCCAAGGUGGUGGAGGCCUCCUCAUCCUUAAUAGUUCCACUGGGAACAGUUCGACGAACCAAACUCAUCAGUCCUUAGUUUCUCCCGUUGCCGUCACUUCCUUUGUCUGCAGCGCCAAUUCAGCACAUCACCAGCGGAGUCAUCAUCAAAACCAACAUCUUACAAAUGAUUCAUCAAAAUCCAUGACACCAGCAACAAUAGUGUUGAAGCAGGAAGCCAUGGAAACAGGCUCGUCGCCAUCUUCCUGUUGUCACCAGGCUUCGGUGUCUGAAAGCAACACAGCAACUAGUAAUAGCAUGCUGAACAUUAACAUUACCAAUAACAACAAUAAUAUUAAUAUCAAUGAUAGUAAUAAAAUGGACGUUACAAAUGGAAAUGUCUCAUCAGGUUUUGACAGUAAUGGUGCGACGUACUUAAGUAGCAAUCGAGACAAGAGCAUUCUGAGAUCAGCAACUCCAAAGCAGCAGCAUGUAGCAUUAUUAUCAACCCCAAAUUCCUCCAUGAGCAGUGCUCCACCCACUCCAGCCAAACACAUGGACACAAGUGGAGAAGACCUGAUGGACAUAAAACAGACUUACUGUGGCAGUGAUACUGUUUUAGUUAUUAGUUCAAGCUCAAAUUCUGGGAUGAAAAACACAGACACUGUUUCAUUGGUCGGUGGUUUCUUUAAUGAAACAUUAGACCUGUCCCAGGAAGAUAUUCAAAGGACAUUGUCGGCCAACAUGCCUCUGUCAUGUUCUGCAGAGUUAAACCACCACCACCGUCGUAGUGGUGGGAGUAUGGUGAGUGGUGCUCAUCAUGUUAUUGCGUCCAAGUCUAUGGCUCCUUCCAGUGGAGACCAGAUGUCCCCUGAUGAUGUCAUAGUUCCAGAAAUCAAUCCAAUGGAUUUCAUUGACAGCUGUGAUGUAGUGGUAUCACCAACACAGGUGGAUGAUGAUGUGUUUGUCAAUCUUGAUGCAUUUGACAUGCUGGGGGACUUUCCAGAGCUGGAAAUUCUUGAAUCUUCUACAGAGAGCAACACGGCAGCAGUUAACAGUACUGGGAGUACAGGAAUGGACCAGACCACUCCUGAAUCCCCUUCAAAUCAAAGAGGAAAGUCUGUCACAUUAUCAUCUGUGGAUAAGGGGAAUGAUCAAUCAUCACCAAGAAUGGACUAUCGAGAAGGCACGGCAAACAUUACCGACUACUCGCCAGAGUGGGCCUACCCUGAGGGUGGAGUGAAGGUUCUUGUGACUGGACCAUGGUAUUCUACUACUUCUCCAUACACAGUGCUGUUUGACACAUUCCCUGUGCCCACGACAUUGGUGCAAAGUGGGGUACUUAGGUGUUUCUGCCCAGCCCAUGAAGUUGGCCUGGCUACGCUUCAGGUAGCUUGCGAGGGUUUUGUCAUCUCCAACUCGGUGAUAUUUGAGUACAAGAAGCCAGCAAAAGAAGAUCGAACAUCUGCCUGUGAGCCAAAGCUGGAGCAAAGUAGUAGUGACAAUCUUCUGAAGUUUACUCUUCUGCAGCGAUUAGAGGCAAUGGAUGACCGACUACAGAUAAAGCAGGAGCCUGAUUGCUCAGAACUGGUUGAGGGUUCUGCAGUUUUCAACCAAAGCAACUUUGAGGAUCGUCUAGUUAGUUAUUGCCAAGAAAUGACCACCAGAGCAUGGAGGUCAGGGGAGGAAGUCGGUCCUUCAUGGUUUUCAAGCCACAGGGGAAUGACACUGCUUCAUUUGGCUGCAUCUUUGGGAUAUUCGCGGUUGGUAUGUGCCAUGCUGCACUGGCGUGCUGAGAACUCUUCUCUUUUACUGGAAACAGAGGUUGAUGCCCUCAGUCAGGAUGAAGAUGGGUAUACACCACUGAUGUGGGCAUGUGCCAGAGGUCAUCAGGAAACAGCUAUCCUUUUGUACAGGUGGAAUCACACAGCCUUAAAUGUGCGUAACCUGUCUGCGCAGACAGCUACAGAUUGUGCACGUUCUAAUAAACAUGAGGAUCUUGCACAAGAAAUGGAACGACUGGAAGCAGCACGAGAGAAAAAUAACAUGACACUUCUUGGUUCCGCCACAAAUUCGCCUACAAGCUCUACUUCACUAGGGUCUCCAACAUCCACUCUUGUAAGGACAGAGGUGUCUUCUGUCUCCCCAGUAAAUCUAGGUACAGACAUUAUGCUGCUAGGUUCAUCAGCAUCCCCAGAUGUAUCAACUCUGUCCCCAGCUGGUUCAGUUGUAUCCUUGGCUUCUGUUGCGUCUACAGCACGUUCACAUGAUGGUGUUUUCCUUCGGCCUGGUGUUGUUACAAGAAGUGAGUCACAGAAGUACAGAGUUGUGAGUCUAGAGCUGCAUGUGAACAUUCCUCAGUCAGGAGAAGCAGGUAGUGCCAGUAGCAAUCACAGUUCUUCUUCCAGCCCGGUUGGUUCCAUUCCAGGGAUUGUGGAUUCAAGCACAGCACAGCUGCAUAACAGUGGACAUACAUCUGUACAUCAGUCACAGCAGCAUCAGCGUCUGACGAAGCGACCAUCAGUGGACAGUGGAAUUCAUCUUGGUUCAGUACAGUCCUCAGACAGCCUGUCUUCGUUGAGAUGCCAUGGAAACAAGAUGGGUGGUGGAAGAGAAACUCCAAAACUUUCACGCUUCGACCGCAGCAUGUCCCUACCACUUAAUUCGCCGAUGUCUGGUGUUGAAAGUUCGUAUGACUGUGGGAUUUCUGAGAGUCGUGACAUAAUGAGAAAUUCUCCAGUCAGAAGAAUGGAUUUUGCACUUUGCGAAGUGGCAACGGGGCCCAGAAGUGAGAGCCCCAUCAUUGACGUGGAGGCCGUCUCGGACGAAGAGUCGGAGGCUAAACAGAGCAUUGUAGGGGAACAAGAGGUUCGAGUACUCACAUUGGCUGAACAGAUAAUUGCAGCUAUGCCAGAAAGGAUAAAGAAUGAGAGUGAGGAUAUGAUGCUGGUACAUGAGUGCAGUCUGUCACAACCAGAAUCUUUGACAACAGCCAGUGAAUCUCUCAGUGAAGUGUUCAUGGAACCACUGCUCAUGGACGAACCAUCAUCAUCAUUUGAACCAGUGGAGUUUAACUUUGAAUUUAGUGAUCAUAACUACAGGUAUUAUGAUGUUGGUACCCCCAGUUCAUCUCUAAGCCCAGCGUCAUCUAGUUGUUUGCAGUCUCCAUGCUCAUUUACUCUGGAUUCUCCAUCACCUCCACCCACAACUGCUGACUUCUGCGAGUUCUUCCAGGCCUCUAGCAGUUUGUUUGAAAAGGACUUUUCAAAUCUCACCUUGUCUGAUCGUGAGCAAAGGGAAUUGUAUGAAGCAGCUAAAAUAAUCCAGAAGGCUUACCGAUCAUACAAAGGCCGCAAGAAGUUGGAGGAGCAGGAUAAAGAACGUGCUGCAGCUGUUCUUAUACAGAAUUAUUAUCGCCGCUAUAAACAGUAUGCCUACUUCAAGCAAAUGACUCGUGCAGCCAUGGUAAUACAGAAUGGUUUCCGUUCAUACUGCGAACACAAGCGGUUCAAGAAGAGUCAAGAAGCAGCUGUAUGCAUUCAGAACUACUACCGCAACUACAGGGAGCAGGGGGGGAGAGGAGGGAGUCGUGAGGGAACACCUAGUAAUGCUGGUCAGGCUAAUGCUAACAGCAGUGGUAACACCAGCAGUAGUGGUCUCAAGUACGUGUCUAUUGUGGACAGACAUGUAAUGCUCAUAAUGUUAUUUUCCAAAUCACAUUUGUAUAAGAGUACAGUAAAUGCCAGUUGUCUCAUUAAUUGCUUGUGCUGCUGCCAGAAUGAGAGUGAGGAUAUGAUGCUGGUACAUGAGUGCAGUCUGUCACAACCAGAAUCUUUGACAACAGCCAGUGAAUCUCUCAGUGAAGUGUUCAUGGAACCACUGCUCAUGGACGAACCAUCAUCAUCAUUUGAACCAGUGGAGUUUAACUUUGAAUUUAGUGAUCAUAACUACAGGUAUUAUGAUGUUGGUACCCCCAGUUCAUCUCUAAGCCCAGCGUCAUCUAGUUGUUUGCAGUCUCCAUGCUCAUUUACUCUGGAUUCUCCAUCACCUCCACCCACAACUGCUGACUUCUGCGAGUUCUUCCAGGCCUCUAGCAGUUUGUUUGAAAAGGACUUUUCAAAUCUCACCUUGUCUGAUCGUGAGCAAAGGGAAUUGUAUGAAGCAGCUAAAAUAAUCCAGAAGGCUUACCGAUCAUACAAAGGCCGCAAGAAGUUGGAGGAGCAGGAUAAAGAACGUGCUGCAGCUGUUCUUAUACAGAAUUAUUAUCGCCGCUAUAAACAGUAUGCCUACUUCAAGCAAAUGACUCGUGCAGCCAUGGUAAUACAGAAUGGUUUCCGUUCAUACUGCGAACACAAGCGGUUCAAGAAGAGUCAAGAAGCAGCUGUAUGCAUUCAGAACUACUACCGCAACUACAGGGAGCAGGGGGGGAGAGGAGGGAGUCGUGAGGGAACACCUAGUAAUGCUGGUCAGGCUAAUGCUAACAGCAGUGGUAACACCAGCAGUAGUGGUCUCAAGCGAACCUAUUCACAGAGGCGACAGCAUCAGGCAGCCAGGAAAAUUCAGCAGUUCAUGCGACAGUCUAAAAACAAAUUACAGAAAGAGCGAGCUUUGGCAGCCGAAAAAGAGAGGCAGGAGGACCUGUCAGUGGAUGUCCGCCAAAGGUCGCUCUGUCCAGACAACAGUUCGGCUUACUCCAGCACCGACCCAAGUAAUGGUGGGACUAGCCUCAGACACAAAGACAGCCUUGCAAUGGAUACAUCAGAUAAAACCUGAUUCUCAACUUAACUGAAAAGACAGACUAAUUCGCACUUGUUAAAUGUGUAAGAUUAUCAAACUGUAGGUGAUUUAGUUCUUCUGCUAGGGGCCUGUAUUGAUCCUCUUGCAGGACAGUGACCAAAACAACUAGGGGCAAGGUAAAUUGAAAAUACUGAGAAGAAUAAAUUUAAUCCUUACCAUUAAACAUCUUUAUAUUUAACUUGAACUGUGACUAAUGUGGGUUCAGCAAGUUUAACCAGUCAUAUCAAGCCAUUCCUUUAGAAGAGAUAAGAACUGUAGAUUCCGUUUCCUAGAACAGUAUGCUUUUUGGCAUGCUAGUCUGUGUUCACACAAACCUGCAAUUUAAAUUGAUGCAUUUCUUCAUGAUUUAAAAAUGCUAUAAUCUUCCAUUAGUAUCAGUGUUACAAAUAACCAAGGCACAGUCAUACUUUAGUAAUAUGAACAUGAACCAUACUUUCAGUGACAGAAGUAGUUACCAUGACUGGUAGUAGGAAAGGUUACAAACUGAUCCAGUCCAUGUGUGGCCCAGUUUGAGGCACUAAACCAUUAAUCAAGUUGGACUCAGAACGACAGUUUGUUUAAACAGUGUGGCCUUGAGAAUCUGUGUCCUUGAAUGGGAUGUCGGUUUUGCUGAGGAUUUCUUUGUCAUAACACAUACAUUAAUAAUAAAUUUUCUUCUUCUUGAAGUAAUAGUUAAUUGUUCCUAUUCUUAUGCUCAUGCUUCUUCAAAAAAUUUUGUCAUGUCGUGUGUAUGUUUUGUAUGUCACCACAAGGGUUCUGAAGAUCAUUUUGUUUUUUAAUUGCUAGAAGCAAAAUGAUUGAUUUGACAGACACGAGGGGUAUUGGGAUUCUGGCAUGAUUUUCAUGGCCAUAUGUACAGUAAGAAAUAACUUACUUUUUAGUGAUCAAUAUCUGACAUGGACCCAGAUAACAGAGCUUCUAUAGCAUGGCAUAUUGUAUUGUAGCAACAGUUUUACAAGAAAAGUAUGAUCGAUGUUCUCUCCAUUGGAACUGAUGGGAGACAUAUUAAUUAUGGUCAGGAUUCAUAUUUGUUUCCUUUUUCACUUAAAUACUCUAUUAAUUAAUAUUACAUUAAUAGAAAAAUUGUGAGUGAUCAGAGAAGGUAAGAAAUUAUAUUUUUUCUCUGUCAUAUAUACAGUCUUUGCCUUCUGAUAUCGAUAUUCAAUGUUUAUAGAAUGACGAGCAGAGAUGGUUGUCUUAGUUUAUUCAUUGGUGCACCAAGGGGGGCAGGUCCCCAUAUAUUUGUAAAUAUUAUAUUUAAAGAGAAAAAGAGAGAAGCCUUUGUUUUCAUGCUAGUUUUAUAUUUGAAAUAUUAUACACUACUUAAAUUUAUUUUAAAUGUUAAAUAGUUAUAUUUAAUUGAUAGUUAGGAAUGGCAAGAUGUUUAUAGAUUUAGUAUAAAAUGCGUUUCAGUUUAGAAUUGUAAAUAUUGUCUGAGCAUGGAUUUUUGUUUUACCUUAAACAUUGAGGUAACAAUUUUCAGGGUCAGAUGUCGUGUAAAUGAACUGUGCAGAAAUUUACAAAGUGAGAUACUGAAGCUGUGAUGUAGACUACUGUAUCUUGUGUUAAAAAGUGAGAACUAAACGUGAAAAUGGAGCUGUGUGCUCGUCUAUAUACAAGACGACAAUACACACUGGAUACAUUUGAAUUAGAAUUAUGUACUUGAAGGCUAUCUUAUGACAAUUUUACUCUUGAAUAUUUGUUUGUCAUUUAUUCUUCUCUUGUUCUCUCUAUUUCUCUAUUGAAAAAUAUACAUCUAAAAGAAUAUCAUAAACAUAGACUUAAGACUGCUCUAGAACAUAUUGACAUACUAUUAAAAAACUCAUCUUUCCAAGCUUUAAUCAUUGUUGAAUUUAAUCUUUAUUAAUACAAUAUUCAGAUGUUGGAAGAUCCAAAGUCUUCAUUGCCAUGGUAGCAACAGUUGUAGGUAGAUAUUAGUUUUUGAAGGCUUUGAAAUGUAGUGCAUUGUAAUGCCUGUGUAAAGGAAAAACAAUCAAAUAUGCUUUGUUAACAAUUGUAGUUAACUUAUGUACCAGUCAGUAACAGGAAUGUAUUAUAACAUGAUCAUCAAAGGACAUCUAAAUUCUAUUUAAUAUAUAUUUAUAUCUCUGACAUUCAAUUUAGUACUGUUGUAAUGCAGUUGGUCAUGGAGAGAGAAAAAAAGAUUACUGGAACAAUGGAAAGGUUUUUGUAGGAUUCAGUACUUUCCUUGACAGUGAUGAUCAGUUUAUAUCUCUAUGGCUGAUGGCAGAAAUACUAGUAUUCUGAUAUUUCAGUUCACAUGGAAUUAUCUUGCAUAUACAUCAAAGCCCAUAAGUUGUACACAAAGUUGAAGUUUCACCUUUCAGUUGAAGCCCACAUGACUUGAUAGGAUGGUUAGAAAAAUUGUGAUAAUUGUUUAAUCCUCAUUAAUUUGAUUUUGGGAGAGAAUUUGUUUUUUACAUAUUUUGCUUACCUCUUGUUAUGAAAAUUCAAGUGCGUAACCACUGCCAAUUUUUACCCAUUAAGAAGUGGCACAUUAAAUUGUUUCCACUUUUAAACACAGUUACCUAGAGAAGGGAUUGCCAAAAAGGAGUCAUGCACAUGUAACUAUUUUAGAACACAUGAUUAAUGCAUUCACAUAUAUAUAUAUAUAUAUAUAAUGACUCAGAUUUUAUCUGUAGACUUUCCAUUCACUUAUCACAUGUGGCAAUGCGUUCCUCUCAUGACAACUUUUAACUUGUAGUUUUAAACAGAGAAUUCUAGUGUAAUUAUUCAUUCUACUACAAAUAUUUAAAAACUUUCUAGGCUAGGAGCAGCAUAGUUUUGACUUGAGAAACUCAUAAACUAUUGUUAUUAAUUCUUUAAGUGCAAAUAAUUAAUUAUAUCAUUGUUCAUCAUGCCUAAAAGUUCAAUCUUCUUAUCUAUAAAGUUCAGGUGCUUAUGAAAUAUAACCACUUUUGAAUAAAAAACCCUGUAGUUUUGAUAAGUAGACAAAAAUCAUUGUGAUGUGGGCACAUAAUAAAUCAAAAUAAGUAUUUUUUUCCAUACCAUCAAGUCGAUAGCCCUUUGAAAAUGUUGCUUUAUUUUAAAUGUAUGCAAAAUAAACUAAACUAAAAAUGUGUCUGAAAGUUUUAGCUGAGAAUUUUCUGUACAAUUCUGGUUUUAUAUAUGUAUGUAUAUCUAACUGUUCAAUUAAUUCUGAAUGUGACAAGUAUUCAAAAUAGUUUGAAUUUUCCAAUUUUAAUUGUUGCAUGUUCCACCCUUGCAUCACAGUGGAUUUUGUUAACUAAAAUAAAAUGAAGUAACUUGCAAUGUACAAACAUUUAAAUAUGGUAGCAUAUGAAACCUGUAGAUAAUAAAACCAGCUUCAACUCAUAUAUAAAUACAGCAUUUUUCAUCGUUAUUAUACUGGUUAGUAUGAUGACACUGUACAUAUUUUUAACUUUUGAAAUCAUUACAGUCAUGUACUUAUCAAAUAGCAUUCAACCUCAGAAUUGUUUUUGUUAAAAAGUGUUAGCAAUCAGCUUUCUUGGUUUUUUACUGUAGUGUGUCCUGCCACAAGGCAUAGACUUGAUGCAGUAUCAUCAUAUGAAGGAUAUUCUUUACUAAAUUACAAAUAUGAAACAUUAGAUUUGCUUAAAUACUAAUAAAAUAAAUUGAAAAAUUAGGUUAUGUAAAGAGUAAUAAUAAUGGUAAUAUUAACUUGUAGUAUUUUAAACAAUAUUUUAAAACAAUGUAUUUGUUUUAUUUUACAUAUCACAUGUUUUCCUAAAUAAUAUUACCAAUUAAGAUUGAUUUUGAGUACAUUUCUUGAAGGUUGACCUCGACCAAUGUAUACUUCCAAUUUGUAAAAUGAGACUAUUGUUAUUGAACUUAAUGGAAAUUGGUAUCAAAUCCAGGCCUGUUUAAAUUUGAGUAGUGUUUUUUUUUAAUUUAUUAUCAUUUUAUGUACUAUAUUUUAUACUUUUAAAGUUUCCCCUCCCCCAUCUCUCUGGCUUAAUCAGAAUUACAGACCACACCAAUGCCAGGAAUUUACAAGACAAUAUUACCAUUUUCAAUUUAGUAGUGCCUAAGUUUUGAUUUUGGGAUUCAUCACUCCAUAUUUCUGCACUGUGUUUUUAUUCCUUUACUACUUAGACUAUGAUCAUAAUUAAAAGUUUUCAUUACAUAUAAAAAAUAGUCUAAUAUAAAAAUGUUCCAUGCAUUAGUACUUUGAGUAAGGUAUGGGAUUGAUUCAGGGAAUGUAGGAAUAUUGCCAUAACUGGUUAAUUAAGUAAGAGAAAUUAAGUGAUGUUUUUUACUGUAGCUUAACUUUACAUUUUGAAAGGUUAUAUUACCAAUUUUAUAUAUUUAUUAACUGUUUAAUUGGUGUAUAAGCUAUAGUCUUAGUGUACCUUUGUUUAUGUAUGAAUGAACCAUGAAGUCAUUACAAACUGCAAGUGAUAAAAUAUAUCUAGUUGGGUGAAAUUUAUAACCAAGCCCUAUGUGUGUUUACUGAUUUCUUUUAUCAAUUGACAAAGUACCAGAAAUUAUGAUGAUGUUACUGGUCUCCUGAUAGAACUUUAGUUAAUGACAGACAGCCAGUGAAACAAGAAACAUGUCAACAUGGUGUAAUAACAAUUUUACAACAAACUAGUAGUUUAAGUUAAAGGUGUGUGUGUACAUAUUUCAACAUCAGUAAAGGGCACCUUUUAUUAUUCUUAGUAGACAUAACAUUACAGAUAGUUCCAAACUUUGUUAAAAUUACUUGCCAUUUUAAACUUGUUUAUGGUAAUUACAUGAUGCUGGUUUCAGAAAACAGUGUGUGCUUGUUCCAAUUAGUCAGGUAAUCUUUCAGUCCACUUAAAUAGAUGUAUGUUUGAUUUGUUUAAAGGAAUUAGUACUGCUUCCUGAUCCUUCCUUUGUCUUUUUCACAUUUCUGGUCUUAUUUUUGGCAAACGUUUUCAUUGUUAGUCAGUAGCUAAUAACCACGAAUCAUACAAUCUACCUGAUACCACUGUCCAUUGUUGUGGAUGUUAACAUUUUGACAAUCUGCCAGAGACUUCAAUAUUCCAUCUAACUCUGCAGCAAAUUUCCAUGGUCUUGUUAUGGUUGUUGACUUUGCCGUAUUUCAUGCUCAUGUUAUUACAUAUAAGGCAUUUAAUAGUAUAAGCUUCUUCCAGUUAAUUUUAAGGUCAUGAUGCUAAUUGAUGAACUUCUGGAGAUGUCUCUUUACAUCUUUUCUCCAAAAUUUUACAGAAUGGAAGGAAAACUUUCAACAUUGCAAAAUCCAAAAUGUUUCAACAAAAUAUGGCACAUGUAUAAUAUUGCUGAAUAAGAAUGUAUAUCAUUUUUGUUGCAGUUCAGCAAAGCAAUUGUAAGAACCAUAUGUAAAAAAAGGAAUCUGUAAAGAGAAUAUUUGAAAGUCUGUGGUCUCUACACACUUUGUUGGUUGCACCUGCAUUUUUGGAAGUACUUGGAGAUCUAAAUUGUGUUGUGUAACUUUGUCAACAUGAAAUUUGCCAGGCUGUUAAACCUGCUGAUAAUCUUUAGCCAAAUGUCAUUAAUAUUAUUUGUUACAAGUAAAUUAAUCUGUUGGCAAAUUAAAGUGGUCAAAAGUAAAGUGCUUGACAAAACUGAGGUGAAACUUCGUGUCCAUCAUUUGGUGUGUGUACGCAAUAAAGUACAGUUUCCGACACAAACGUCUGUCUUUUCAAAUGGUGCCUCCACAUAUAUUCCCUGAGAGAAAAGCUCAUCUCACUGAGCUACCACCCAGGAAACCCUGAGAACCUGAAUUGCUUCACCUCAGCUGGGCAGUUACAGUGACAAGUUAGUAAUAGGAAUCUAGGGCCAGUAGCAGGUAUGAUUGAACUGUUCAGACACUUAAAGAAAUUCAGGUAAUAAUUUCCCUGAUAUUAAGGCUACUGAAAUUUCUAGAAGCACAGUGGUUAAUAUAUUUGUGAAUAAACAAGAGCUUACCAUAUUAAUUUUUUUGCAAGCUUCACGCAGUUAACAGUUAUUCUUCCACUGUAAUAUCAAUACAUCUUAGUAUCUUUCUUUCUCUCUUUCUUGAAAAUAAGCUCUUGCAAGAUCAUUUUGUCCAGUGGAGUUUAAUGCAACUUUGGAAUAUGGAUGAUGCAUUCUUAGUUCCAUUGUCAAUGUGUGAAGAGUAUGCACUGGUCUUCAUAUUAUCAGAUGUGAAGUCUCGGUUUUUAUAAGGAGUUAGAUUGUCUGUAAUGAUUACUUUUUGGUAUGAGAAAACAAAAAUAUUUCACCCCUCAUAUUGUGUCAAGUUUUCAUUUUGAGUGCUAGAUGGAAAAUCCUUGUUGUGUUGUUCUAACUUAAUUGUAUGAAUAAAUCAGUCAGAGAAAUGUAACAUCUUGCAGAGGAAUUAUUAGAAAAUAAGAUACAGGCUUGUUCAGUAAAUUAUUUAAUGUUUUAAUUAAUUGGGUCUCUUGCAAUUUGCCAGGCCCUAGAUGGAGAGUUUAUUCUUGUAAGAUUUUUAAAUCAAAUUAAAUUAUACUUUUCAUAAUAAUAAAUCCUCAGAAGCAUUGUAAUAUUGUUUUAAGAAUGUCUUUCUGUAUGCUGUUAUUCAUCCCAUUGUGCAGUACUUUAUUUGUAGUUUAUUUAACAAGGCUGUCAGCUGCUCAGACUAUGUAGUGUCACUCUCUUAUAAUAAUAAUCAUACUUACAAUAUAAUGUCCAUUCUUCCUCAUAAUAAUUACAUUUAUCCAUAAACAAAAUGGAAAGUUUAUGUCUCCCAUGUAAUCCAGCCUUGUUCUUAAGAAACAAGAACCUUGUAUUCAGUAUUCUAAGUUAAUGUACUUACUUUUGAAUAGAGGAAUAUAAGAUUUCACUGUGUUUCCCUGCUGUAUAGUUUGAUUUACAGUCUAACUAAACUUUGUUAACACUUUCAUUGUCAUCCAAAGGCUGUGUAUACUGUCUGCAUUACAUCAACCCAAAUAAGUACGUGCUGAAAAGAUGGCUGUCUUUAUACUCACUGCUAUGAGAACUUCAGAUCCUGCUAAGUACAUACUCAGACUAUGUAUAAUUUAUUGGCAAAUGUUUUGUUCUCAUUUUAUAACAGUGACAGGGUUAAAGAAACCUGGUGAGGAACCAUGCCUACUGCACUUGUUUAAUGUUGAAGCAAAACUAGCAGGAAUAUAUGUACAUAUUAUGAAAACUGCCAGAUGGUUUAACAAGUGUGGAAUUUGAUGAGUUGCAUUUGCCAAACCUUGUUCUUUUUUAUGUUUGUCUUUUUGAAAUUGCAUAGCAGAAACAAUCAUGUUUCACUGUUAUCUUGUGUGGCUAUAGGCUUCUGUUACAAGAUAUGAUAAAUGGGUUGGAUAGAAAGUUUGGUGUAUGAUAGAAACUGUUCUUUUGAAAUUUCAGGAGACUGGCACUAUGUACCAUUGCCUAGUAUGUAACUCAGGAUUCUUUGCAUGAAAGAAACUUAUGCUAUUGGAUGUACUUCAAAAUGAAGUGUAAUGAAUGCAGCCUAUUCUAAAUUCAAUCACUAUCUUUAUCUGUAUGCCAACAUAGCAUCAACACAAAUGGAGAGCACUAUUUUACAGGACAGAAGAUUGCCUGGUUUUAGUUGGUAACAUAAACUGUAAUUUAAGAAAUAUUAAGGUCUGAUUGGUACUGUGAUAAGAUUUUAUUCUAGUUAUUAUUAUGACUGUUUCAUAAAAAGAGGAUAAUUUGGAGGAAAUGAGCCACUUUCUCAGGUAUCUGAAAAAGACAAAUAUUUGGUGCCCUGUAUCAGUCCUUAAAAUGACAGCAGAAUUUUCCAUAUGGAAAUAACAUGUAUUUUUUAUAUCACCAACUUAAUUUCACACGCUGAAAACCGAGGGUUUUUUAUUUAUCCAUACAUAAUUAUUAUAUGAGCAAAAUAGCUUCUUGCCUGCAUUUACAUUAUACUCAGUUUAAAGAUGUGGAAUAGGUGACCCAAAUAAAGACAUAAGUUACUUAUAAGGUGUAAUAGUGCUCAAAGAGGAAAUGGAAAAAUCACUCAACUUUCUGAUUUAUGUGCUUAUGCAAUGAAUCACUUGCACUUCAAAGCAUCAAAACUCCCUCCCUGUACAUAGCUGUUAAAUGUUAAAGAAAUUUUAUUCUGUACGAUGAAAGAAUUUUAAUUACAAUUUUUUUCCAUGUAAUAUUGUAAAGGAUUUAAGAAAUUUAAAAAAUUUGAUAAUCAGUAAAAUUAGCAUAAUGACUGAUAAGACAGAGCAAUGAAAGAUAAUCAGUAGUAGCAGUUGUAAAUAUAAGAAAAAAUGAGACAAACAGGGAAAAUAAUGACUUUAUAAAUUUUGCUUUCAAUAAUUCUAGUACAAGUACUUUAAUGAUACUGUAAAUAAUAAAUAUAACAUACACAAAUGUAUUGAAACAAAGGUUGAAAUUGAUAAAUUUACUGCAUUGAAUAUUUAUUUAUUUUAAAUGACCACCCUGAAAUCCUUGAUUGAAAGUAUUGUACAAGUCAAUUUUAAUAUGCGCAGUUGUAAUACAAUGUGUAUAUUUACUUGAUAAGGAUUGUAUUAAUUACUUGUAUUUCAAUUAACAGUUUAGUUGUAUGCAAUAAAUAUAUCACAAUUUCCUAGUCAACAUAAUCUGUGUGUGUGUGUUCACAUUAUAUAUUCAUACUUGUAAGUACAUUAAAUACACAAAGUAUUCAUGUAAUGGCUACAGUAUAUAGGUGAAACAUCAGAUGCACAUCAGAGAGUUUCACCUUUGUAUCUACAGGCUCAUGAGAAUGAUAGAGUUUUUUGAACAGUCUGAUCUCUUGCUUUUUAUGUUAUACAUAUGAAACUGUGAACAAGUUUCCUUGGUUUUAUUUACUUUCAGAGUUGCAGUAAAAGUGCAUUUUUUCUGUACUCUGUUUUUAAAAUGUUAUUAAUGCACUACUGAAAUAUGUAAAUGACAGAUUUCUAAUAAUUUUAAUGUUGAUGGCAAUUUUACAGUUUUAAAUAAUAUAGUAGUAGUAGCUAUCUGCCAUGAUCAAACUGGACUGAUAAGCCAGUGAAAUGAUGCAAUGAAAGGGAACACCAAUAUAAUUGAAGACAUUAUUUAAAAUUAAAUAGUUGUUAAAGACUUCAAUGAUGUGUACAUUUUGUAUAUGGAUAAUAUGUCUUGUUAAUCUUUGUUAAACAGCUGUGGACACAUUUGUUUUGAUGUAAUGAAUUCUUGCAUAUUUUUCUUUUAAAAUAUACACAUAGAGAGAGAAUAUUUCUUUUUAUGAUGUAUGCACAUAUUAGUGCACAGAACUGUAACUGUGUAAGGAAUGAAAAUGCUGCAUUUCUUUAACUGA